GGGAUAGAGCGGAAGAGGCGGGCUGGUGGAGGCGGGGUCAAGAUGGCGGCGCCUUUGAGGAUUCAGAGCGACUGGGCUCAAGCCCUCAGGAAGGAUGAAGGGGAGGCCUGGCUCAGCUGUCACCCCCCAGGGAAACCAACUUUGUACGGCAGCCUGACUUGUCAAGGAAUUGGCCUUGAUGGCAUCCCAGAGGUUAUAGCUUCAGAAGGAUUUAUUGUGAAUGAAAUAAACAAGGCCCUGAUUCAGUUCUUAUCUCUUCCAACAUCAUUGCUAAUUUCUGCUAUGUACCUACUGGGUCAGACAAAGAGCAUUCAUAUUUCAUGUCCAAAGGAAAAUGCAUCUUCGAAGUUUUUGGCACCAUAUACUACUUUUUCAAGAAUUCAUGCAAAGAGUAUAACAUGCCUGGACAUUUCCAGCGGAGGAGGCCUUGGGGUGUCUUCUAGUACCGAUGGGAGCAUGAAAGUCUGGCAGGCUUCCAAUGGAGAGCUCAGGAGAGUAUUGGAAGGACAUGUGUUUGAUGUGAAUUGUUGCAGGUUUUUCCCAUCAGGCCUUGUGGUUCUGAGUGGGGGAAUGGACGCCCAGCUGAAGAUCUGGUCAGCUGAAGAUGCUAGCUGCGUAGUGACCUUUAAAGGUCACAAAGGAGGUGUCCUAGAUACAGCUAUUGUUGAGCGGGGCAAGAAUGUGGUAUCUGGUUCUCGAGAUGGGACAGCACGACUUUGGGAUUGCGGCCGCUCAGCCUGCCUGGGAGUCAUCGCAGACUGUGGUUGUUCUAUCAAUGGAGUGGCUGUGGGUGCUGCUGACAACUCUAUAAACCUCGGCUCCCCUGAGCAGACACCCAGCGAACGGGAGGUUGGAACAGAGUCGAAAAUGCUGCUGUUGGCCCGGGAAGAUAAGAAACUUCAGUGUGUGGGACUGCAGAGCAGGCAGCCGGUGUUCCUCUUUAUUGGCUCAGAUGCCUUCAACUGCUGUACUUUUCUCUCUGGCUUCUUGCUCUUGGCUGGGACACAGGAUGGAAACAUUUAUCAGCUGGAUGUGAGGAAUCCGAGGGCUCCGGUGCAAGUCAUCCACAGAUCAGGAGCACCAGUCCUGUCCCUGCUGAGUUUCAGAGACGGAUUCAUUGCUAGCCAAGGUGAUGGAAGCUCUUUCAUUGUCCAGCAAGACUUAGACUAUGUCAUUGAGCUCACUGGGGCUGACUGUGACCCUGUGUACAAGGUAGCCACAUGGGAGAAGCAGAUCUACACAUGCUGUCGAGAUGGUCUCGUGCGACGCUAUCAGCUCUCUGACCUCUAACCCCUUGGGAAGAGGAGUCCCAGUUAUGAAAAAGAGUGACCAUGAUCAACGGUGAACAGAAACAUCCUCACGGACCGUGGAAGGACCGUGAGUGCCCUUUAUUGAAUGGGCACUGUUGGCAAGUCACAGAAAGUUGGCUGCAGUGGCCCAUGUGAAACUAUCAUUCCAUGGCAGGGCCUACCUUGAACAGAGUAGGAAGCUCACAUGUGCGCCCCGCAUCUGUCCCACCUUCUUCCUGUGUAAACUCAGCCAGCAACAUAGGACGAGGACGUGGAUGCUUGCAGUUAGAUCUCACCCUGACUCUGUAAAAUGUUUACAAGGACCCGAGGCCUAAAGCCUGUUCUGUGGAGGAAAUAAAUAUCUUUGGAGGAGUCUGAA